CUUACUUGCUGAAUCUUGACAGCGCUGUUUUUUUGUCAUUUUCACAUCUGUGCAAGAAAAAAAAAAAAGCUCACCAGGCUUCAGCUUCAGUUGAGCAGGUGUCAACAUCAGCACGCUGGUCGCCGCCUUUCUGUUCCUUUAUUAAGUUAUGGUGGGUUGCACGGUGCGUGCGGAUCGCCCUGCCUUGAAAACUGAAUAACGCCCGCCGGGCAACAAAAUACAACUCUUCUGUUUACUAGAUUAUUAACCGGUGGUUGUUUCCAAGUAGAAUCAGAAAAGCAAUGGAGAAGGACAGACGAUCGUCCAAACAGUAUGGGUCUUUGGAAAGCACAAAACGGACUGCAGAUUCUGCAAAGGACGAAGACGUUGUUUCAAUGGCAGAUUCCACAAUAACAAUCAAUGACAUAGAAGAAGAACUUUUCAAAAUUGAGAGAAUACGGGAUGUCCUGGUUAGGAGAGAGUCUGAGCUCCGAUACAUGAUGGACGAUAUUCAGCUUUGUAAAGAAAUAACAAGGCUUAAGAAGGAACUGCAGAAACUAGUUUCAAUACCAGAUAGAGACAAAUCCAAAGAGGACAAGCUGAAGGAAGAGGAGCUUCUGCAGCAGAUCCACAAGCUGGUGGAGACCCGAGACUUCCUGGUGGAUGAUGUGGAGUUUGAAAGGCUGAGGGAAAGAGAAGAAGACAAAGAAAUGGCAGACUUCUUGCAGUCUAAACUGCCUACAAGUUGCAUAAAGAAAUCAAAUCCAAUAAAAGAUAGGAAGUUGACUUCUAGAGCACAGCAAACCUCAACACCGUUCACCACCAAGACUGGGCUGACCCUACUGAAAGAAUGCUGUGGCUUCACCUGCUCCAUCAUGUAGAAGACUUCCUCCCAGGGGCCAGUAAAGGAUUCUUUCGAUGGAUGGACCAGCACAGAGACCUAGUGUAUGGAAGUGAAGGGUCGUUCCUGGGGGGCACUGCACCAGCUGAGAGGACUAAUAAUGCACCAGGGUUAGAGAGUGUAUGUGCUGUCCAGCUCUGUGUGUGUGUCUGUUUUCAUUCUUAGAGUUGCUUGAUCCACAGUUGUCCAGUUAUUCUCGAUAGAGCGGGGUGGGCCAUCCAGCCUCUGUACUACCCUCAUAAAAGUUUACCACUUUAAGUUUGCUCAGUAACUUUGCAGUUUUCCAGUGCUUUUCACAUGGUUGUGCUAUACAGGACAUCUACUAUAGUCUGCCAUGGUUUGCCAUGGUGUUUUAAAUUUGCAUUUAACAUAGUUUACCCUUUUUUUUGUAUAUGCUUUACCAGACCUCUCAGUGCUUUACAAUGCAAAUAUAUGCUUAUCAUACCUCUCAAUGCUUUACAAUGCUUAUCUGUGCUUUACAUACCUCUCAGUGCUUUACAGUGCUUCCCUAUGCUUUAC